ACCACUUUCCCUUCUCUCUCUAGAAAAUGCUGUCACUCACCCUGCUUCUCUCUCUAACCAUUUCCAACUCCAUACUGCUAGUAUUUGCUCACUAUCCCUACUCCACCUCGUCAUCGGAGUUGCUGUCCGAGUGGAGAUCUGCCAGGGCAACCUACUACGCGGCAGCUGAUCCGGCUGAUGCCGUCGGCGGCGCCUGUGGUUACGGUGAUCUGGAGGGGGCAGGGUACGGGAAGGCCACGGCUGCCCUCAGUACUGUACUGUUUGAGAAAGGACAGAUCUGUGGCGCAUGUUUCGAGGUCAGGUGUGUAGAGGAUCUCCGGUGGUGCAUUCCGGGGACUUCUAUUAUUGUGACGGCCACUAAUUUCUGCGCUCCCAACUACGGCUUUCCUGCAGACGGUGGCGGCAAAUGCAACCCUCCCAACGCUCAUUUUGUUUUACCGAUUGAGAUUUUCGAGAAGAUUGCGAUUUGGAAGGCUUCAAACAUGCCCAUUCAGUAUCGCAGGAUAAAGUGCAGAAAGGAAGGGGGAAUACGUUUCACCAUUGAUGGAGCUGGAGUGUUCUUAUCGGUGCUGAUUAGCAAUGUUGGUGGUGCAGGAGAUAUAGCGGCAGUGAAGAUUAAGGGUUCCAGAACUGGAUGGCUUCCAAUGAAUAGGAAUUGGGGACAGAAUUGGCACAUAAAUGCUGACCUAAAAAAUCAACCACUUUCUUUCGAGGUGACUAGUAGCGAUGGCUUAACUCUUACAUCUUAUAAUGUUGCUCCAAAAGAUUGGAAUUUCGGACAGAACUUCGAGGGCAAGCAGUUUCUUGAGUAACAUACCACUGGACUGGAUCACAACCAUAGAACCUAGUCUUUUUGCGGAAUGCACACUGGAACAAUUUUUUCAAUUGUAUAAAAUAAACUGUAAGAAAACUUCCCCUGUUGUCUGUUUUUUUUUUUUUUUUGUUAACUGCAGUGUAAGAAAAAUGUUCACUGUAUGAUGAGUUAUUUGAUUCAAAUUGAAGAAAAGGUUUUAGGGUUUUAAUUUAUCGAUCUUGUCUCUGAUUAUAUGAUUUUGUUCCAUCAAUUUUGUUGGGACCGAAGGCCUACUCCAUCCUGUUCUUGUUUGUAUGAUUUUAACCAUCAAAUAUGCUUACCACAACUUCUUUCAUAUCCAAUACCGCCAAGGCUGCACAUCGUUUAAAACCAAACGAGCCUAC